AUGUCGGAUCCGCUGUCUGUAGCAGGAACGGCUGUCGGCAUCAUGUCACUUGGCAUUCAGGUCUGCAAUGGCCUUGUCAAGUACUUACGAGCUGUAAGAGGCCGAAAGGAAGAGAUCAGAGAUGGGGUAAGAGAGGUCGAGCAAGUUGUAUCACUGCUUUACAGUCUGAACAAUACGCUACCCAAUGUCGACCUAAGGAAUGGAACAAAUUCUCUUCGAACGUGCGUCCACAACUGCUAUACGAAGCUUGAAGAACUUCAAAGGCUUCUGGACGAGCUAUGUAAGACUCAGCCGUCAAAUAAAGCCACGAAAAGAGCAGCCGAUGCCAUACGUUCUGUUUCGUAUCCCUUCCAACAAGAGAAGCUGAGCAUGAUCCGAGAUUCCUUACGAUCUGUUCUGAAUAAUCUGGGUUUGAUCAUUUCGGCCAUAUCACUGGACUCCAAUGCUUCCAUCCACGAUAUAGUCAACGAUAUAUCAAAGGACCUGAAACACCAUGCUAAGAGUCAUGGUGGUCAUUUAGCAGAUCUACAAUCCAAGAUGCACUGCAAUUCUGUUCAGCUUCAUUCUUUACAGACCGCCAUAUCUGACACACUUAGCGACAUACAGGAACAGCUACAUCAGACAAAGCUAUCUAUCCAAGAUCUUGGUCAACUGAUCGAUGGGAAGCUGACCAUUGUCGAGACUGGUACACGAUCAAUUGAAGCGAAUACCCAAGUCACAGCCGCCAAGCUGGAAAGACUUACACAAGCAGUGGAGUUCCAGUCUGCCUUAAUUUCAGGCAUGGUAACGCUUCUAUGGAUGUCCAGUAUACUUGUACUGAUCAUGUUUAGGGCAUGCAAAUUGAUUGCCCCCAAAUUUUCCAAAUUACAAGCCUUGCUACAACCUAUCACAACACAAAUACCCCAGUGA